UUAGGUUCAUAUUGAAACCUCAUUUUCUGCACGUACUCAUAGCGUGAGUUGCUGCGUAUUGUGUUACAUCUGUUAGUUACACUUCCCGUGUUUCCAAUCUGUUUAUAAACAAGGAAGUCCUAGAACCGGAGUUUCAUUUGUUGUUGUCGGAGUCCAGAAAUUAUUUUCAAUCUUUGCAGAGUUUGUCGUCCGCUUGCUUCGACGAAAGAAAAUAAUUCAGCAUGGUUGUAUCCAGAAAGCUAGGAAGAAAUGAGAGAAAUUCUACUGAUAGACAACUUCGCCAUAAGAAUAUGACGCAUUUAUGGCAGUUUUUGCUGCAGCUUUUGGAGAACGACAGCUUUAGUUCAAUCAUAAGCUGGAGCAGAAAAGACCGCAGAGAGUUUAAACUGAACAACCCUGAAAAAGUGGCUCAAAGAUGGAGAAUAUUCAAACGAAACAAAGCAAUGACUUACAAGAAACUGAGUCGUACCUUGCGAUAUUAUUAUCAACAGGGAAAUAUUAAAAAGGUUCCAGGCCAAAGGUUUGUGUACAGGUUGAACAAACGUCCCUUAACCUGCGAACAAGGUAUCAGAAACUUUCCUCAAGUGAAGUCAGCUCCUAAAGGAAACACCAACACCGCUCCCCUUAGGGAAUGUUGGUCCCGACCAACCGUAUCCAUCUCCUGCUGUCCUCGUUGCUUGUGCCCACGCUUUCUACCACCCACAACACCUGGGAGUGGUGAAGGAAGGCAGAUACUACUUCAGAUUGUCGAUCCGUCGCUACAUGAACUAGUUUUGCCCAUUAUUAAAACACCCCCGACAUCGAUACCUGUUUCUGUUAUUCAGAAGACUACCAUUCCUAGAGUAGACUACUAGAAGGUGUGUCUUUUCAAGAAACAGCUUUACAUCCUUAAGUAGCAACUAUACGUUUCUUAUAUUUUACGAUCACGAACUAUGUAAACUUCGGUUUGGAAAAUGCCACUUAUUUCUGAUUGAGUUGAUUGUUCCAUUGCUCAAUAAUCCCACAUAAGCUCACUGGGGUCAUUUACUUUUUAUGAAUACCAGAUCCUUGAUUGAGUUGGUAAGUGGCACUUGAAUAUUAAUUCAGUUUUUGCACCUCGCGACACUUAUAGAAAAGUGCUUGAAGUCACGGAUAUCAAAGGAAUGCCCAAAUAACCACUGUUUGAUUGUUUUGUAUGAAAUCAGAUAGUUCUUUAUGAAAGAUCAUGAAAUUCGUUUCAAGUCUUAAUAUUUUAAUGUGAAUCAUGUACUGUAAUUCUUUUGAUUCUUCUAAUGUUUUAAUCAGAAGGCAUCUCUUUGUGCUAGUCAUAAAACAGUACUCUGAAGAAUAACGAUCUUGUUUUUGUUAAUGACGAUGAUGAUUUUGAAAUACAUCAUUUAAUCACACUA